CUCCCAACAACAACAACCAAAAAAAAAAAAACUCCUAACGACCAAAAAAUAAAGAAAACAGAGGACGCGUGAGAAAAAAAAACAGAACAAAUCCGGUAAAAAGAUCCGGCGAUGUCAGGCCCGACCCGAAAGAAUAUGGAGCGGAUUAAAGGUCCAUGGAGUCCAGAGGAAGACGAUCUACUACAGAGGCUGGUGCAGAAGCACGGUCCGAGAAACUGGUCUUUGAUCAGCAAAUCUAUCCCUGGACGCUCCGGCAAAUCUUGCCGUCUCCGGUGGUGUAACCAGCUAUCUCCGGAGGUCGAACACCGUGCUUUUUCGCCGGAGGAAGACGAGACGAUUAUUAGAGCGCACGCUAGGUUCGGUAACAAGUGGGCAACCAUCUCUCGUCUCCUCAAUGGACGAACCGACAACGCAAUCAAGAACCAUUGGAACUCGACGCUCAAGCGAAAAUGCAGCGCCGUUGCAUCUGACGGUGAUUUCGGUGGAAACGGAGGGUAUGAUGGUAAUUUAGGAGAGGAGCAACCGCUGAAACGUACGGCGAGUGGUGGUGGUGGUGUGUCUACUGGGUUGUAUAUGAGCCCGGGGAGUCCGUCGGGAUCUGACGUCAGCGAGCAAUCAAGUGGUGGCCCACACGUGUUUAAACCGACGGUUAGAUCUGGUGCUAUGGCGGAGGUGACGGCGUCGUCUUCCGGUGGAGAUCCGCCGACGUAUCUAAGCUUGUCUCUUCCUUGGAAUAACCGUUGCGAGACGGAGACGGUUAGAGUCAACGAGUCAACUCAACUAAACGAGAAUAUGGUUACUGACGGUGGUUACACGGCGGAGCUGUUUCCGGUGAGAAAGGAAGAGGAAGAAGAAGAGAGAGGGAUAUCGGGAUUUGGUGGUGAGUUCAUGACGGUGGUUCAAGAGAUGAUUAGAACGGAGGUAAGGAGUUACAUGGCGGAUAUACAGCGAGGAAACGUUGGCGGUGGUUCCGGUGGAGGAGGAGGCGGUGGUUCGUGUAUGCCGCAAAGUGUAAACAGCCGUCGUGUCGGGUUUAGAGAGUUUAUAGUGAACCAAAUCGGUGGGAAGAUCGAGUAGUAGUAAUAAAGAGAGAGAGUGAAGAAAAGAGAAGUCUUUCAAAUUUUCCCUCUGUUUCUCGGGAAAAUAAAAGUUAUAGGCUUUCAUGUAUAAAGCCAGCCAGUGAUGGUUAGAGAGACGACGGAGGGAGCAAAUCAAAAAAUCUUUUGUAAUCAUAUGAUCUUUCUUGAUUCACAUUAAAAGGAAGCAAGAACAUUAAAAAUCAUACAAAUGAUGAUGAAAAGUCGAAAACAUUCCUAAA